AAUAAUGAUAAUAAUAAUAAUAAUGAACACUUAUUAUUUGGUUAUAAAAGGCAAUUUAAUGAGCAAAAUUCAAGUUCAACGUUCAAUAAUUAUUUAACAAGUUCAUCUAUGAAUAAUACUCAUAAAAACAGUAAUAAUAAUAGUAAUAAUAAUAAGGAUGGUACGUAUGCGAAGUUGACCACUUCUACAGAUAGACAAUCACCACCAUUAUCCUACUCAUCACAAUCAACUGAAACUUUAAACGACGACUCAAUACGUAGUAAUCAUCAUCAGUUUACACAUUUACAAACGCAACACACAGAUAAAUUAUGUUCAGAUUUCAACACAGAAUAUAUGUGGACAAAGAAUCAUCACCAUGGUGAUUUAUCAAGUUAUGAAAGUGAAAUUAGUUACAUUAAAAACCAUUGGAAUUCAAAUCAUCAUUUACUAAUGAAUAAAUUACGUUUUACAACAUCAGGCAAGGCAGUUUCUACUACUACUAAUAAUAACAGUAGCAAUAAUGAAGUUAACUUUCCUGAACAUAAUCUAAUCGAUAUGAAUAGUGUUAACAGUAGUCUCAAUAAUAACAGCAAUUUUGACUCAAUGAUCCCGUGUAUAUCGCAUAAUUUUCUAACAAAUUUCACUAGAACAUCUUGUGAUAGUGUUCAGUCGAACUGUAUACAAGAGAAUCUAUACGAUCUAUCCUCUAAUUAUUUGAAUACAAAUGGUAGCCUAGUUGGAAGUUUUCCAAAUGUUAACUUUUCAAUUCGGACAACAGUAGUAAUCAUCCUGUAUCGACAUCUAUCAACCCUCAUAAUAAACUGGAUGAUUCAUAUGAGCGAGUAGAACACUGUUUAGGCGUACAUAGUAUUUCACAACACCAACAUAACCAUAAUCAAUUCAUGAUGAUGAAUAACUGUGCAAAUGAUUGUGGUUUGAAUUUCCCAAAUGAUGCUACCAUGGUGACCGGAACAACAAGUAAUUUUAAAACAAGCUUAAAUUGUUAUUUACUACCACCUGUGCAUGGUUUCAAUGCCAAUACUGUUGAUACUAGUCAAUCACAAAUAACAGAUGCAGGAAUAAUGUCUAAUUUGAAGAAUCGUUUAACUUCAACAGGUGGAUACUCUUCACAGAAUUUCGCACACUCUAAUCUACUGAACUGUAGUCAUUCAAACGCAUCAAUAUACCGUCAUCCAGUUGAGUUAGAUUAUAAUCCCAGAGAACUGGAAGCCUUUUCUGAAUUAUUUAAACAAAGACGUAUUAAACUUGGUGUUACACAGGCGGAUGUUGGUAAAGCACUGGGUAAUCUGAAGAUAUCUGGUGUCGGUUCCUUAUCUCAAUCCACUAUAUGUCGGUUUGAAUCAUUAACCUUAUCGCAUAAUAAUAUGGUUGCUUUGAAACCUGUACUCCAAGCAUGGCUUGAAGAAGCUGAAGCUGAGGCCAAUUCACGCUUAAAUCAUCCAAGUAUUUAUGAUUUGGAAGAGGAAAGACGACGUAAACGUACAUCAAUCACUGAUUCAGAGAAAAGAUCACUUGAAGCAUUUUUCAGUAUUCAACCACGUCCAUCAUCUGAGAAAAUUGCACAGAUUGCAGAGAAAUUGAAUUUAAAAAAGAAUGUUGUCAGAGUAUGGUUUUGUAAUCAACGACAGAAACAAAAGCGAAUGAAGUUCUCCACACUUGGCAUGUUGCAUCAUUCUGCAACUCGAACAUAGAUAAAGUAAAUAAAUUGGGAUUAAUGCAACCAUGUCACUAUCAACCGUAAAAUUAGAGUGAUUUGUUUCAUCUUUAUUACUAACACUAAUUGUCCCCACAGUUACAAUCAUCUCCUACUAAUAGUCACCAUGUAUCAUUUCUCUUUGACUUUCCUUUUUAUUUAACCACAGCCUGACUCUUCCUACUAGUAUUACGUGAUUCUUGUGUGUAUACAUCAUUUUUCAAAGUUC